GUAAAAACAACAUCUCACCUUCUUUCUUUAGUCCAAGUGGUGGAGCACGUUUGGGUGACCAUGGAGUGCGUUUGCUGUCAUGUAGUUGAGCGCUAAUACGGCGUGAAUAGCAGAAGAGGGGGGCUUUCGUGCGGGGAAGAGGACCGAUCGGUCGAGUCAUGGCUGCACGGGAGGACGGAGAACUCCUGCACGGUAAACUACGGCACCACGACCGCGUUGGAAGUGUAAACAGCUCCGAGGCUUUCAGGAACGGCUAUGUGAAGAGCUGCGUCACCCCCCUAAAACAAGACCAGCAAAGGGGAUUUUUGUUCAACCUGUGCAGCUUUUGCAAUGAAGACAUACUGAAUUCCAAAGUGUUAAAGGUCUCCGCUGUGUAUGUGGGCGCGUUUGUGUUCUUUGCGCUUUCGUUUGUCAUAUCCAGGAGCUUGCAAAGUGACUCGUUCUGGGAUUUGAGGACUUUUUUGUCGGGGUUCUCUCAGUCAGUUAGUCCUUUAUUUAGUAUAGGAUGCGCCUUUUUCUUUUUAACAUUUUAUUUGAGACGGAAAAAGAAAGAAAGUAGUAAAUGUUGGCUCCUGUCACUGCCAGCAUCGUGCUACCUCGGGGAUUUUUUGGUUUUGCGGUUUCUGCAAUGGGGAGAAGAGCAGCACCAGAUACAAAUGGUGGGCAGGUUGUUAUUCGUGUUAGGAUGUGUGGGUCUACUCACACUCGUGCCCACUCUCAAACUUAAACACAGUGUGCUCAUACUGGUCUUCGCCAGUGUUGUUUGGCUCGCCUCUUUCACAAGUUUGAGCGGACUGCCAGUGCUCCUGAGGCCGCUGUUCGCCUGCUUCGCCGGCUUCUGCGGCUCUCUUCUGGGGCUGUGUUUUGACCGCUUCUACCCUGCGAGGGAGGCGACCUGCGGCAGCCCCAGCACGGAUGAGAAGGUGCCUGUUAUCCGGCCUAGAAGACGCUCCAGCUGCGUCUCUCUGGGAGAAACCUCCACCAGCUACUAUGGCAGCUGUAAAAUGCCCCGCAGACCAUCACUGCCCUGUAUAUCACGGGAACAGAUGAUACUAUGGGACUGGGAUUUGAAACAUUGGUACAAACCUCAGUAUCAGGGGGCUGUGAGUGGCAAUGGUGUGGACCUCUCUGUUAUAAAUGAAGCCAGAAACCUGGUGUCUGACCUGCUGAUGGACGCGUCCCUGUCUCCACACACUGUCUCCGUCCUGCGCAGUGUUUCCAGCCUCAUGGGGACUUUCUCAGGGUCGUGCCGGCCCCGGGUCAACCCCUUCACCCCCUUCCCUGGUUUCUACCCCUGUGAUGAGAUGGAGGACUCUGUGGAGAGGGGGGACAGGAAAUCUAUAAAGGGCCUAAGCAGCAGAAACAGCCUCCCCACACCUCAGCCGCGCAGAAGCUCCACCUCCUCCUCCUCUACUCUCCCUCUUCUCGAAUCUGCCUCUUUACGGUGGGAACGCAACAAUGGGAAGAGACCACACCCUGACCUUAAUAUGACCAGCUCAGGCAUGUCCAAUGGACCCAAUGCAAACCUCCUCACCAUUCCCAAACAGAGGUCAUCCUCCGUCACCCUCACCUAUCACUCCGGGCCCAGGAGAGCAGGCACUUCUCCAAGCCUAAGCCCGGUCACUUCACCCAGCCACAGUCCUCCCGCUGUGGGUGCAUCAUCAUCGCUCGUCACCCGAUCGCCAGUGGAGUUUCCUGACACAGCGGACUUCCUCACCAAACCCAGCCUCAAUCUCAACCUGCAUAAGCCCCUCAACUACACCUUCAGCUCCCCAGACUUCCAGCAAAACAGCCGCAGCUCCAGUUUUCAGCUUUGCACAAGUUGUGGACGUCAGAUACUGAAAGGACUUUCCACAAGUGAAACAAGUGAUGUUCAUCCUUCGUCCUUUACAACUGAGAGCCAGCGAAGACGCUCAGGCUGUGAUGGUGUAGAGUUCACAGGAGAGCCGCUGAUCAGGGAGGAGAGUGUGGAGGCCGAGGCAUGUGCAGACAGCAGGACAGAUGUGGCUGGGAGCUCCGUCCUGGAGGAAGAGGAGAGGGAGAGCAGCUCAGAGCAGCAAACUCAGGAAACAGAGGGGGAGCAGGAGUUCAGGCUCGACCCGAUGUUGGAAGACCAAGAAGGGCUGAUGGAGAGGAUGAACACGUGGAACUUUCAGAUUUUUGAUUUGGUCGAUACAACAGGGGGUAAAACAGGAAGAAUACUCAGCUAUGUUACAUACACACUUUUCCAGGACACAUGUCUUUUUGAAAUCUUCAAAAUUCCUGUGAGGGAGUUUAUGGCAUUCUUCUGUGCUCUAGAAAGUGGCUACAGGGACAUUCCCUAUCAUAAUCGGGUUCAUGCUACUGAUGUGCUCCAUGCUGUCUGGUACCUAACCACUCGACCAAUCCCUGGGUUCCAGCAAAUCCAUAGUGAGCAUGUGACAGGAAGUGACACAGACUCAGACAGUGGGAUUUCUCCAGGAAGAGUGUCCUACGCCUCGUCAAAGAGCUCAUCGAUAUCAGAUGACAGUUAUGGCUGUCUGACCUGGAACAUACCCGCCUUGGAGCUAAUGGCCCUUUAUGUAGCAGCUGCAAUGCAUGAUUAUGACCAUCCAGGUCGCACCAAUGCCUUUCUAGUAGCCACUAAUGCACCUCAGGCAGUUUUGUACAAUGACCGCUCAGUGCUGGAGAACCAUCAUGCAGCAGCUGCCUGGAGCCUCUACCUGUCGCGGCCUGAGUUUAACUUCCUGGUCAAUUUGGAUCAUGUUGAAUUUAAACGUUUCCGCUUCCUCGUCAUCGAAGCAAUAUUGGCCACAGACCUCAAGAAGCACUUUGAUUUCCUGGCUGAGUUCAAUUCCAAGGUAAAUGAUGUGAACAGCCCAGGAAUUGAUUGGACCAAUGAGAAUGACAGACUGCUGGUGUGCCAAGUGUGUAUUAAGCUGGCAGACAUUAACGGACCAGCCAAAGUCCGGGAUCUGCACCUCAAGUGGACAGAAGGCAUUGUUAAUGAAUUCUAUGAGCAGGGGGAUGAGGAGGCCCAGUUGGGAUUACCCAUCAGCCCCUUCAUGGACCGCUCGUCACCGCAGCUGGCCAAACUUCAGGAGUCUUUCAUCACUCAUAUAGUGGGGCCACUGUGUAACUCAUAUGACGCAGCAGGCCUUCUUCCAGGGCAGUGGAUUAAUGAGGACGCAUCAGAUGAAGAUGAUGAAGAGGGACCAGAGGAUUCAGAGUCAGAGGAAGAUGAUGAAGAAGAGGAUGAGCUUGAAGAUGAGCUGGCACCAAAAAAAAGGAAGAAGCGGCGCAGGUUGUUCUGCAACAUAAUGCACCACUUGACAGAGAACCAUAAAGUGUGGAAGAAAAUCAUUGAGGAGGAGGACAAGAGCAAAGACAAGCAGCCAGUGGAGAGUCUGCUGACCAGCCUACCGCCCAGCCUCCCCACCUCAUCAUCAGAUGACAUCCAGGUCAUCCAGGAGGAAGAGGAGGGAGACGAACGGCAGUAGCACACCCAAGAAGGACACACAUACUGUAGAGUGUAGGGGAGAUCACAUGCCUUUAACAAACACACAGACUGAUGCACAUAUGUCCCCUCACACACAUCUGAAGAUUCACUGUGCAGACACUCUGCUUAGCAGUCAUGUUCUAUGGAGAAACUAAAUGGCCUUACUACUGUGAGCGGAUCCUUGCUGCAAUAGUGGGAGCCCAACUCCUAUGCACUUUCAGCCCAUGGAGCGUCUUGGCAGCCCAGAACUGAGGAGAGUGCAGAAGAAGACUGCUGGCCUCCAUGGUAACCUGGCUGUGAUGCUGCCUUUAAUGCGAAGCGCUUAAACCUCCCUUAGGUACAAAACAAACCUUUCUAUUUGAAACAGAGUAGAGGCAACACAGAAGCAAGAGAAGUUAUGAAGAACCUAAAACCCUUUACCAAAGUUCAAGCAAAAGGAGGACAAGAGACUAGGAGAGCCUCUGUGUCAGUCUAUUUUUGAAUAGAGUAUAUACUCACUGUAUAUACACACACACAGUAUAUCAAAUGUGCCUGUCUGAUCCCUCAUAUCGGCCCAGAGCCUUGGCUCGUGUAGUUCUCUCUUUGCUGGCGACACAAAACACUGUAUCGACUCAGUCACAGGGACUUAACUGAAGUUGACUGAUGAAUUGCAUUAUGCCUGCAUCAUUUUGGAUGCUUUUAUUCAUGUGUACCACCUGUCUUUAUGUUGAACUAUUUGUUUGGAGGGUUAGGGGCAUGACCAGAGAAUGACAGGGAGAAAGAGAGCACAUUUUUUAUUAUUAUUUUAUUAUGUUAUUUUGUGUGUCUGUUUGUGUGUCCUUUCAAUGAUUGGCACCUAAUCAGUCAAAUGUCCUCUAGUGUUAAGAAUACUGCAUUCAGAUCAUAUUUUUGAUUAUAAGUAUUUUUAAAGGUAACUCAGGAUUUUCAAAAAGUUCAAAUUUUCUGUCAUUUAUAUGACACUUUCAACAAGAUCAUUAAAAUCUGGGUGAUGAAAGCAGUUUGUAAUCUCUUCAUGAACAACAUCCACAACAAACAACUCAAGGGGCUAUUCAUACACUGCUUGCAUUAGGUUUACUUGCUCAAUGGAGAAAUGUUUUUGUUAAUGUCAGACAGGUAUUUUUGACAAAAAGACUGUAUUUCAUCUGCAUAUACCUGUGUUGGAACUUUUAAUUAAGUUAUUCUCGUCUUUUUAGUUUUCAAAUUAGUGUUUGAAGAAGGGAUCCAGGUUUUGUUUUAUUUUAAUUUUUUUCUCGAUGAAGAACACUUGGCAUUCCAAUACAAUAACUCUAAUGUUUAAUGAAAGAGAAGGUCUAGUCUCCUGUGUCAUAUUAACUGUCAUUAAUAAUCAGAAGCAUUGUAUUCGUUAUACAUACAAGACCUUACUGAAUACAGGUGUGCACAUUUUAAUACCAAACAAGUGUUAAGCCUCUGUACAAAAAUAUUAGCAUAUAAUAUAUUAUAUUUUUAAACAAUGAAACAAAUGCAUCUGUUUUUUACUCUCCUGGAAAUUACAUUGUGUUGCUGGAGCUUCAGUCUACUCCAUUUUAGAAGUGUGCAGGGAGUGGAUAUUUUAAUAAAAGUUGUGGCAUAUGUUCAUUAGGAUUACCACUGUUUCAAUGAAUCAUAUUCAUUUUGCUAUACUAACAAAUUAAGCUUGCAUAUAGCCUAGAAUUUAAUCUUUAAUAUAGCCACAGAUCAAUAAAACAAAAACAAACAAGUUAAGCAUUUCAGUACAUUAAUUGAAAUAUUUUCUAAUAUAUUUUUAUAUUUUUCCAAUAUUUACUGAAUUGCUGUACUCUGCCAAUUCAACUAUUUUAGAUUUCAUUACAUUUUCUUGACAAAGCAUUAUCUUCCUUUCUUUAAGGUCUGUGGAACAAUAUGCCAUAACUUCAACUUCUGCCUGACACAUAUCACAUACUCACCCCCAUUCUGAACCAUUAAAGCCUUCUUAGUUCUCAACAUUUCCUGGCCUAAACUUCUUGAGUAAUCACCCAUGAAUGUCCUCAAAUGUUCCCUAAAUGUAGCAUCAGUAUGUGUACAUUUGUCUAAUGUAAUCCUUCACCCUUAUCUGCAUACGUUGUGAGGGCAAGUGAUUUUUGUUGUUAUUUAUAGCUGUCAUAAAGCACCAUCCCAAAGUA